AUGGCCAAUCUGGAUUCUGGGGCCAACGCUUGCCCCAUGCUUCUGUGGGCCUCUUCUGUGCAGCGAGUUGUACAUUCAGCAAAAGCAGGGUCCAAUGCCACCAUCUUGGAUACCCGUGGGGCCAUGACUUGCAUUUUUGGCAUGUUGUGGUUCUCUAGAUCAAGCAAUCAUGAAAUGCUCGACCGCUGCGGAUUGUGUCCUCAAUCCUCAGGGCCGCCUGCAACACAGAGAUCAGUCGGGGAAUUCUUCACAGGCGGCAUCAUGGAUGUCUCAGACCCUGUGGCUGAUAGAAUCCCCGGAAACAAGAGCGAAGCUUUCGGACAUAGCCUCGCCAGACCUCACCCACCAUUCUCGAUGCCGCACGAAUGA